AUGGAUAAGCUAAAUAUCAGCAAAAAGCCACACAGAAAACCUCAUCCACCCAGCUCUGGACGUGCCAGCAGUCGCACAUCACGUCUGCGACAUUUUCCAGCCAGCACCAGCUACAGUCUUGUAGGCACCAGCUCGCUGAACCGCAACCUCUGUCUGCCCCCUGUGAGUAACCGCUCCGACUUCGCCCUGCGACACUCCUUACUAAGACACCGCAUGGAGAGGCGCGAGAGGGAGGAGGAGAAGGAGAAGGCUGCGGCUGCAUUUGAAACUUCCCUGGCAGCUGUGGGAGGGGCCUCCAAGCUGGCGUCAGAUUCAGUUGACUCAGACGGGGAUAAGCCUAGUUAUGAGCUCGAUAGUCUGGAACAGCUCAAUAAAGUGUUGUCACGCGUCAUGGAUGCUGGUGGCUAUGGCGUUGAUAAUAGUAAUGAGGAAUAUCCAGAUUUAGAAACUGUAAAUGAAAUUUCUAGUGUUAUUAAAGAGACUUCAGGUCAAGAUGACCAUAUAAGUGAUAAACCAGUUAAUCCAGAGGAACAUGACAAGACAGUCACUGAACCUGCUGUGUCUAACUGUGAUAAAGGCAGUGCCAGUAAGAGUCCUGCCAUUGCGAAGCGUGAUUUACUCAGGUUGGGCAGUCAGACGGAGGAAGGGGCCGUUGGGGGAGUAUCCAGGCCUGUAACAUCCACUAAAAUCAAAGACUCUUCACCUGACUAUUUUCGUGAGUCCCCACGUGCCACACCCUCUUCCAAGGGCAAGUCUAAAAUUAAGGACUAUUCUCUUUUCGACAGCCUGCGGGACACUCUUGGGGGCAGUUCAUCCCUGUCCAGGCAUAGCUCCCUUGAUAAGAGAAAGGAGUUUACAUUAGAAAGUUUGAGUACCAGUGAAGCAAGAGUGAUGUCUGGAUUACUUCGUCAGGCAUCCCUUGAGAAAGUUGGCUCUUCUCGGAUAGGAAAUGUGACUGUAACAAGUGCUAGUAGAAACAAGGUUUCUGGAAACUACACACUCGGAAGCUCUACAUUCCCUGAUGCUCGCAUCACAACCCCAGAAGGCCGACUUAUUCAUUUUUAUCCCAGCGUUUGA